GAAAAAGUCUGGGACGCAAGGCCUCGUAGUAACGGCACCGGGGAGCAGCCCACGAUGGAAAAAUCACCGCCGCGAGUCAGCGUGGAGCCGGCGGACCAGCAGCGUGCCCUCGUCUCGGUCACCCCAGACCUCGGGUCAGCCGCACAGCAGACCGGAGCCAUGGCCCUCGCGCCACCGGUCAAACUAGCCGGCCCGGCCUACGCGACGGCGUUGGAACAGGCCAUGGCCGAGCAGCAGCGGGAAAUCGCGCUCUCGCGCAACGAGAUCGAGGCCGCGCGCCAGGAGGCGCUCCAAGCGCGCAGAAGCGAGGAGCACACGAAGACCGAGCUGAUUAAUGCCCGCGCCAAGUUCGCCAUGGACGUGGCGGAGAUCCGCGAGGGCGCCGCGCGAGAACUCGACGACCGGUGCGAGCGCCGGGCCGCGGACGCGAGAAAACGCGCGGCCGCAGCGGACGCAGCUGCCGCAGCUUCUCGUUGCGCCCUCGAGGCGCAUAGAGCGCAGGCGCGGCGCGACGUCGACGCCGCGCGGCAAGAGGCGGCGCGCGCGGACCGGGCCUCGAACCGACUGCUCUUGAUAUUGGUGCUGGCUGCCGUAGGUAUCGCGGCGCUGACGCAUCGCGCCGUGGUCACGUUGCCUCGCAAGCUCGAGCGGCGCACGUCGCGCGCGGCGCGGCUACGGGCGGCCCUUUCCGAAGCCGUCGCGUCGAACGAGCGAGCCGCCAACGCCUGCGUUCAGAAGAUUGCCGACGCGCACCGCGACGGCGCCCGCACGAAGCGCGACCGCCUCGAGGCCUGCGACGCCGCCGCCGCGGAGACGUCCCGGGCGCUCGCCGACGUCGCCGCAAAUCAUUAUUUUUGUGCGCCGGUCUCGGCCGUCGCGCGCGUCGUCGACGUCGCGGCGGGCGCCCGGGCCGCUUGUGCCGCGCCAGGCCUCGCGGACUCGGAGCCGGCGGCGUCGGCGAAGAUCCGCCUGUGAUGAAUUGUCGUCAUCGUUCCCCGGGAGAUCCCUGAGAUAAGACCAAGAAUGUGA